AUGGCAGCCCGGGUGGCCCUCGUGACCGGAGGCAGCCGUGGGAUCGGCUUUGCCGUAGCUCAAGAGCUUCAUCGUCGCGAUUGGCACGUUGCAAUCACGUCUCGAGACUUGCAACGAGCGCGAGAAGCUGCCGACCGCAUAUCCCCAACCGUUUUGCCUCUCGCAUACUCUUGUCCAAGACGAGGCGAAGACGCGAAUGCUGAAGCGGUUCAAGUGGUGUCUCAUGUGGUUCAAAACCUCGGGUCGAGUCCCGUUGCACUCGUCAAUGCCGCUGGAAUGGCCAAGGACAGUCUCCUCUUGAGACUUCAACAGGCGGAUCUUGAUGAGCUGCUGCUUACCAAUUUAGUGGGACCUCUUUACAUGAGUAAAGCAGUCACGAAAGGGAUGAUGGAGAGGCGAAUGGGUAGCAUCAUCAACAUUGGAAGUGUCGUUGGGGCGGCUGGCAAUGUUGGCCAAGUGGCGUACAGCGCAUCCAAGGCGGGACUACGAGGUGCGACCAAGACCUUGGCCAAGGAAUUGGGAGCUCGGAACAUUCGCGUGAACCUAGUGGAACCAGGUUUCAUCUCCACCGACAUGACGGACGCAAUGGCAGAAGCUGCACGUGAACGCGUGCUCGGCAAAAUCUCGCUGGCCCGUUUCGGAAACGCGCAUGAAGUCGCGCAGCUCGUGGCGUUCUUGGCAAGUGACGAAGCGUCCUAUAUCACGGGACAGUACAUCCGAAUCGACGGUGGACUUGUCAUUUGA